AGAAGACAUAUUUUUGCUCUCAUGAUGGUUUAGCCAAAAGGGACUGAGUAAAAUGAAUUUAUUUUAUUACUACUUUAUAACCAGCAUCUAUAUUAAACCAGGGUUCCAAUACUUCAUUUUCUGAAGAAAUUGCUGUCGAUGCCUUUUCUAUAUUUCAUUAUUAAAUAACCAUCAGCCAUAAGGCAGGUUUAUAUUAUUUAUAACGUAAGGAUGUGAUUUCUGAUGCAGGAUUUCAAACUGGGUGUUUCUCUUGCCUUUCUAGAGCUAUGCAGUGGUCUGAUUCAUUUUGCCUUUUUCUCUUUACCUUCUCCAGUAUGUACACUGUUAGGAAAAACAAAUAUUUUCCAUAAAGUGUUUUUAAAAAGAAACAAAUCUUGUGUUGUUACCACUUCAGACACUCCCACUUCAUAGAGGAAACAUAUGUGGGUGAAUAAAGAUAGGCAAGUGUGUUUUAUUUUUAAAGUGGCCCUAUUUAUACUGAUACAGUAUUAUGAACAUUUGAGGAAUACACAGCUCUUAAUAAUGCAACUUUUUCCCCAUAGAUGCAAUACGUUACUCAAAAGCAUCCAUACCUUGCACCAGCAGAGGUUAAUUCAGUAAGAACUGCCAAUUCUGUUACUCUGGAAUCAUCUUGGCAACAAUGGAUUCUUUUUAAACAUGCAUUUCAUUUGUAAAAUCAAAAUAUUUGUAAGCUACUUUGAGUAUUAUUUUCAUAUAAAUAUUAAGCCUUAACAACUGAUCCAAUCCAUUAAAAAUGUACUUAAAAUACAAAUACACGUGAUUCAUAGUACAUGGAUAUGACUGGAAAGAAAAAACCAGUGGAGUCGGGCAAGACAAAAAGGCUAAUAUAACAGACAUGAAAUUAAGUUGCAAACCAAUUUUAGUCUAUAUGAGCGUCUAAUACUUCUUGUUCUUAAAUCUACACACAAGUUAUCCUAUUGCAACAUCUGGAAAAUGAGAUUCCAAGGAGUCUGUGGAACUCCCUGCCUAUUGAAAUCAUGCAAGGCACUUUCCCUGCACUCAUUUUAGCACCUGCUAAAAACAUUCUUGCCUACCCAGGUGCUUAAAAAGUUGAGGAAAUUUUAAUUAGUUUAACUUUUGCAUGUUUUAAAAGUAUGGUCGUGAAUUUUUCUCCAUUUAAUAUUUAUCUUUCUGUAAACCACUCUGAGCGUUUUUCCCUUUUCUCCAACCAUCAAGCGGUGUAUGAAUUUUAUGAUAAAGUAAAAUAAAAUAAAAUAGACGGUACCGUACUAAAACAACCAGUGAUUUUGUUGCACCAUCACAGCCUGCAAGGACCUGGUGCCUAAUUUGCUAAGCACCGCCCGGGGCGGAGAGCCUUUAUUGUGACGUCUCCCUUAGCAACCGGGAACCUGCGUCCUAGCGACGGCCCCGCCCCCUCCCAUUCAUGGCCCGGCCCCCUCCAUCCUGCAUUGUGGAGGCGCCGCUGUGCGCCCAGGCGAAUUUUCCCCUUUCUGCCUUCGCCUCUCAAGAAAUCGGUUUGCUCCUGCACUGAUGCGGAGGAGGAAAAGGGGAGAGGAGGGGAAAUGGGCAGCGCUUUGAAGGCUGGAGCACGUAAAAGGGAGUGAGAAGGAGCUAUGUGACGGCCGCCGCCCCCACACCCAAGGAAAACCUCCCCAAACCAGCCCAGUCUACCUAACUUUCUGCUUGGUCUUUUUUUCUCUCUCUCUCCUCCUUUGGUAAAGGCAGAAAAGUGGGAAAGAGGAUUCGAAAAUGCUGGACACCAUCCAUGCCACGAUCUUGGAGGGCGGGAGGAACGUCUUCCUUACACUUCCCAAGCUCACGACAGAAGAUAUCCUUGGUAUUUGGGGCACUGUUUCGGAAUUUGUUGAAAAGCAACUUUCCAUGAAUAAGGGUGUCUUAAUACCAGGGCUGGGGACGUUCUCCUUCUUGAGACAGAAGCUUGAAGUUGGUAAUAACAAAUACAUCCUUAUACAGCGGCCUGUGUUCCUUCUGUCUGAGAAACUUGCGCAGAUCCAUGGGCUGAAGUUUAACAAAAUACACACUCCCGGUGAUAUCCCAAUUGUUCCGCUAAAUUUCAUAGUGUUAUCCCUGGAGGGCCCUUUCAACAGGGAGACCGUGGAAGGAUGUGUCCGAGAGACACUGCUGUCUUUCUCGCGGUCCAUCGCCACCAAGCAGACGGUCGAGUUCACCUUCAAAGGGAUCGGUGUUCUGGUGAUCCGGGACAACAGGGUGAAAAUGAAGUUUUACAAAGACUUCCUUCGUGCCAUGGAUGGGAGUGGGAAUCUCCUGAAGGCGCUUACAAACAGGCCAGGCACAGGGGACUCGGUGUUGUCAGCCAAAGAAACCGCUCUUCCACAUUCAUGCACCGGUAACGUGGUUUUGUUUCCAAGCCACCGUAGGGUUGAGAUGGGAACCAUCCCCGAAGAAGGUGAGAAGACCAGGAAGGAAAAGGAGCAGGCAGAGAAAGAAAACAGCAAAAAAGAAAAUCUCUCGCCCAAGCGCCUUCUGUCUCGCCAGCUGAUUUCUCCAGCCAAAGUCUCAGGGAUCUGUUUGACUGAAGAGUAUGAGAAGAACUUGAAGCCCAAGCUGCCUCCACAAAGGCAAGGACCAACAACAACGCCCGCUCCCGAAGCCCCAAAGACAGAGCAAGAAGCCAGCCCCGCCAAAAUUCCUGCCCUCAGACCCCGGACUCCAUCCCCAAUUUGUCAAGAUCAUGGUAGGGCAGGCCAGGAAAUGUGCUACUUGUGCAUGCAGCGUGCUCAGAGGAGCAUCCCUUUGUACUUGGGUGAAGAGAAGAGGAAGAAAGAGAAGGAAGAAGACAGGAUAUUGGCACAGUAUCAGGCCCUAAAGGAUCACGAAGCCUUUCAGAGGCAGCUGAUGCGAGCGAUGACAAAUCGAGAAGAGAACCAGAGAAUUGCGGCUUUUAACCUCGGGGUUGCCGAAGCCACCAGGAACCACAAGAAUGAUAAAGCUUUGGACAGCUACAAAUCAUACAUCUUUGAGAAGAGGCCAACCAGUGCCACCAUUCAGCAAAAGCAAGAGGUGUAUGCACAACAGCUGGGGAAGCAAGUGGACGACAAGAUGGCCAGAGAGUUGAAGCUGAGGCAGGAUCAGGACCUCAUUGACCGCCUGGAGCAAGUGCAGCUGGCAGAAGAGUUAGCUGCCCAAAGAACAAAAUACCUGAAGGACAAAAUGGAAGAAACAAAGUGUUAUAAGAGAGCGCUGGACACUCAGAUAAAGAUGAGGCCAGCUCCGUUGCCGCAGUGCGAGCCUGAUUCGGCCGGGGUCAUCUUUGGGAAGAACGACAUGAAUAACGAAAGAAUGGGCGAAGGAAGGAAGCGCUGCCAGGAAUAUUCCAAAUGCCAGCUGCAGGCGGCUGCGGAACGCAAGCGGGCAGACAUUAUCAGAGAGCUGAUUGAUCAGCGGAGAGCAGCAGCGAUGCUUCAGAGAGCGAAGGAACAGUUGAUGGCUGAAAAAGGAGAGCGGCUAGAGAAGAUGUUCCAGAUGAAUUUAGCCGUGCAGGAAGACUGGAAGAAGAGUGCUGGGAUGAAGAGGCAGCGGGAUUACGAAGAGCAGAUCUUUAGACGCGCUGGCGACAAACUCCUGCUGCUUGACCAGUGCGCGAGGUAUCGCCGCUGCUACCAGUGUAAGAGGCGCAUGAGCAACUGCGGGGAAGCAAAUGUUUUGGUGGACAGCAAAUACAUCCCUGGAUCCCGGUUGGUAGUUUGAAGCAAGUUCGCUGCUUUGUUUCUUCCCUUGCCCUCUUUCCUCUCGCAAUUUUUUUUAUCAUUCUUUUUUUUUAUAAAAAAAGAAAGAAAUCCGAUCGUGCUGAUGUGCUUGAUUUGAUUCCCACAGCUCUGUGCAAUGCAUUCUCCCUAUUUCUGCCACUUUCUGGCUCAAGAUUCUUGUUCCCCUAGCUUCUGUAUGUUUUUAUGGAGAAUUAUGUUGAAUUAAAAAAGACAUGGAAGUGCUC